GCCCUGGUGCGAGGCACGACUCGAAGAGAGACAACAUUGUUGGAUUUAGUCCAAGCUCUGCAUCCCAUGCCAGCAGUCAGUGGCUUACCGCAAUCGGAUGCACUGAAACUUCUUCGAGAGAAGGAAAAUCUGGACCGCGGCUGGGUUGGGGCACCGAUUGGGUGGAUUGAUGCGAACGGUAAUGGUGAAUUUUUCGUUAGUUUAAUCUCAGCGUUGGUGAGUGAAAGCUCGGUCGCAUUGUAUGCUGGCUGCGAUAUUGUAGCUUAUUCAGAUCCAGAAGAUAAACUUUUUGAAACGACACUGAAAAUGGAAACGAUGUUAUCCGCACUCGGUGAGACGUAG